AUGGACAAGAGUCCGCCCAGUUCUGGAGGCCCUAGUGACAACAGAAUGGAACCGCUUCUGGUGUCACAAGACGACGCCGUACCCGGAAGGUCCUCGUGGAGACUCGAUGUGAAGGAGUUUCGGCUACCCCAGCAGAGCACUGCAACAACUGCAGACCAUGACAACGGACGGCGUCGUUUUGCUCUCCAUCGCCUCUGCUGCACCUCCAAGAAACAAUACAAGGUUGAAGAAUAUUACAAGCAACAAGAAAGGCUUCUUGAGGGGUUCACUGAGAUGGAGACCAUGACUGAAGAGGGUUGUUUGCCAGGAAGUCUUACAGAGGAUCAAAUGAAGCAGCUAGCGAAGAGUGAGAGGAUGGCAGUACAUGUAUCAAACAUAGCUAAUUUGGUGCUUUUUGCAGCAAAAGUGUAUGCUUCAAUUAUGAGCAGAUCAUUGGCAGUUAUUGCCUCUACAUUGGAUUCCCUCUUGGAUCUCUUGUCUGGCUUUAUUUUGUGGUUCACUGCCCAUGCCAUGAAAAAUCCAAACCAGUAUCACUAUCCUAUUGGGAAGAAACGUAUGCAACCAGUGGGUAUCAUUGUCUUUGCAUCAGUAAUGGCAACUCUUGGACUGCAAAUAUUGCUCGAGUCUGCUCGGGAACUCAUCUCACAGUCACCGCCAGAAAAAAUGAAAUUUAAGGAAGAGAUGUGGAUGAUCGGUAUCAUGGCCUCAGUCACAGUAGUGAAGUUUGUUCUCAUGGUCUACUGUCGCAGAUUUAAAAAUGAAAUUGUACGGGCCUAUGCACAAGACCAUUUUUUCGAUGUUAUUACUAAUUCAGUUGGUUUAGCAGCAGCAGUCUUAGCCGUCCGGUUUUUCUGGUGGAUUGAUCCUACUGGUGCUAUUGUUAUAGCACUAUAUACCAUUAAUACAUGGGCAAAGACAGUUUUGGAGAAUGUGCAUUCGCUAAUCGGAAGAACAGCCCCGCCUGACUUCUUAGCUAAGUUAACUUAUUUGAUAUGGAACCACCAUGAAGAGAUCAGGCACAUUGACACAGUGAGAGCAUACACAUUUGGCUCUCAUUACUUUGUGGAGGUUGACAUUGUCUUGCCAGAAGAUAUGCUUCUGAACAAAGCACACAACAUUGGUGAGACUCUCCAGGAGAAGCUCGAGCAACUCCCUGAAGUCGAACGGGCUUUUGUGCAUAUCGAUUUUGAGUUCACUCACAGGCCAGAACACAAGAACAAUGUAUGA